CACCUCGGACACUAAACCGUUGAUUUAAACCUUAAACCAACGAGAUUUUAACCGAAGUAAAAAAAUUUAGUUCUUAGAAUUCCUAAAUAUUUAUUGAAAAGUGUACUUUCCAUUAAUAGCAUGUUAUCAAAAAAUUGUGCUGUUGGGCGAUAGCAUUGGUAAUUUUAGACAGAAAUUCAAUAAGAUGAAAAUUACUAAUCAAGGAUCCUUAAGAUUUAUUGAAAAUUUUUUUAAAUUGCUAAAUUAAACGUUUUCUCAGUCUUUUAGAAAAUGGCACCAAAACCUCGAUUUACUGAUGGUGAAAAAGUACUUUGCUUUCAUGGACCUUUGCUAUAUGAAGCUAAGUGUCUAAAGUCACAAUUACGAGAUAAACAUAUGAAAUAUUUCAUACACUACAGUGGUUGGAAUAAGAACUGGGAUGAAUGGGUGCCUGAAUGCAGAGUCUUGAAAUAUAAUGAUGCAAAUUUGCAAAAACAGAAGGAGCUAACCAGAACACACAUGAAAUCUAAGAAAUCAAAAAAUGUAAAGUUACCUGUUAAGAGCAACAAGGAACCAGAAAAAGAUGCCCCAGCACAAUCCAGCCCUGUUGAGAAGUCAAAACCUAAACCAGAGAAAUGUCUUGCUCCUUCUCCCGUUCCUGAGCCCUCCUCAUCUUCAGAAAGUCCUCCUAGUGAGUUUAGGAAGAAGAAAAAAGCUGAAGCUUGUUUUAUAGAGGAAGUUGAACCUGAAAAAGAAAUUAAAAUUGAAAUGCCACCACUUUUAAGGAAUUGGCUUGUCGAUGAUUGGGAUUUAAUUACACGACAGAAAAAGAUCCUGCAUUUGCCAUCAAGGAUAACAGUUAAUCAUAUUAUUGCCAGUUAUGUGAAGGAAAAAGUAUCAGUUAAGGGGCUCUCUCAAUCCAUGGAGUCUUCUAUUGUUUUGUUUGCUAACACCAUUCGAGACUGUUUUAAUGUUGCACUGGGGAAAAUGCUGCUUUGGAAGUUUGAAAGACCUGCAUAUGCUGAGAUGCUUGCAGAAUAUCCCGAAUCCAGUAUGUGUGAAAUCUAUGGCGCCAUUCAUUUAUUACGAAUGUUCACUAAAGUGGGAAGUUUGUUAACUGGAUUAUCAAGCGAAAGAAAUGCAUUGACUUCUCUACUGGUCCAAAUGGAGGAUUUUGUUAGGUACAUAGCCCAGAACCCAAGUUUUUUCAGUUUGAAUGAUUAUGUUGUUGCAUCUCCAGAAUAUCAUCGAAGAGCAUUAUGAUCUCAAAAUCAACAUCAUCAUUCAGAAAAAAAUCCUUCAAAAUUCAGGCUUUUACUGUGUGAAGCCAGCAAUUCAUUGUACAUAAUGCAUUUUAUACCCUUUAGUAUUACAUUUUAUUAAAACUUACAAAUACAACAAAAGUUUUUUAAAAUUUUUUAAUGUUGUUUUUUUUUUUAAAAUUGUUAUUCUAUAGAGAAGGUUUUUCAGAAUUUAAUGUUUUGUUUCAAGCACGCUUUCUAUCAAGCAUAUUUUUUCUUAUUCAGAAUUAAAACAAAAGUAAGAAGACUUCGGUGUACUUAAAAAUGCAUAAUACACUGUUUGAAACUUAGCUGGAAAAUUUCUUUCACUUAGAAAAGCCUACAAAUGAAAAAAAUAUUCAAAUUACCUUGACAAUAAAAGAUAAACAUUUUUGAACAAACAUAAUCCUACCAUGAUUAACUUUCCUGCAACAUUCCUACCAUGGCAUCAAGAGAUAGAGAUUUGAAACAUGGGGUUAGUUUUUCGAUUAUAACUGGAUGGGGUGUUGGCAGACUUUAUAUUAUCUAUCUUAGUAAUAUAAUUAUAUUUGUAAAUAUUUUUAUUCACAUUUGCCCUUUAUUUAAACUAUUUAUAUUGUAAUUUGAAUUUUUUUAUUGCUUUUUUUAUUUUUGUGUGUUUUAUUUUAUAUUGUUUAUUAAUAAACAAAUAUUAUUUUGAAACAUUGCUUAAUUAAACCGUUUAUUGACAUUACAGCAUGUCUUGAGUGUACUGUGCGCAUUUUGUGUUUUCUAUACUGUUAUUUUAACAAACAUUAUCUAAAUUAGCAUUUUUUGUUGAAAAUUUUUUCACUGUUGCAUUUGUUUAAUUCUGGAGUACAAUGUGAAUUUGUUUAAUUCUGCAUAAUUUUUUUUUUGAAAUUUAUAUAUGUUUGUCACGUGGAUGACACCAACUUAGUGUUGAGUAACUUGAGAAAAUUUGUAGACAAAUUUUCCACCUCAACAAUAUUUCUAAAUUAAAUUAUGUUGAGAAAAAACUGUGUGUUGUGCAAAGAAGUGACAUAAUUUUAUAUAAAACUCGUUUGGAUCUCAGUUAGUCCAUUUCAAAGCAAAUCCAAGUGUUGCCGGUACACAAAAUAAAAUUAGUACCUUAGUCAUUUUGAUAAAUGUUUCUUAUUCAAUUUUUAAACUUAAAAUGAAUUAUUUAUGGAAACUAUAUUUUUAUAAAUGUUUUAUAAAACCCCCACCAUGGCAGUUUAUUUUUCUACCUCUUUUCGUUUUCUCACAAUCUAAUUGUUUCUGGCCUUAUUUAUAGAUUUUAAUGCAAAAUAAUUAGCUGUAAAGAAGUCACCGAAAAAAUAAUUCAGAGCUUCUUUUAAUUUACUGAUCAACGGUAAAACGUCAGAAAACGUUAGGAGGUUAUUAUUUGGUAAAUCAUCAUAUUCUCAGUAAAUUAAUUUAAUGUUUGACUGGGUUCAAAAAUAUUGCUGCAGCUUUUACAUUACUACUAGGAAAGACUGCAAGAUUGUAAAUGUUGUUUAUAAGAUUUUUAGGUUUUAAAAUGUGUUUAAAAAGAAUAAAAUGUUGUUUUGGAAUAAGCACUAAAAUGUUUUAAAAAGAAAAUAUAGGUAUGCUAUUGUCAUAAAAAAAUAUUAUAAAACUCAAAAUAUAAUUUAAAAAGCUGUGGGAUAUUGAGGUGAGCUAAAUAAAUGUUAUUAUUUGGUUUUACUUCACAUUUGUGUCACAUAUAACUAUUGUUUGUAUGAGUGUCGAGUUGUCUUGACAUGUAAAUAAAGUUUUUAAUAAUUGAA